GAAUUUCAACAAUUCCGCGGCACUUGUGACCCAUGACGCUCCUUCCAAUGGAAAAUGGGGAAGGCAUUCUCUGUGCAUUAAAGUGUUUUGAGCAAGAAAAACCGCUAUCUAUACCAUCAAUUCUCGAAGAUUACAUCAAACAGAUAUCCAGAAAUGGACAAACUAGGCUUCCUUGGAUAUAUGUAAAACCUCUGCUACUACAUAAAUACAACAAAGUGGUCGACUCAUUCAUGUCCGAGGGGAGUGGUUUAGAUUACUCAAUGCUAGCUACCCCACCUCACUUAAGUGAACUUAGGCAGCGAGUGUUCAAUACUCUCAAAAGACUUGAUGGAAUACCCUUUACUAUUCAGAGAAUUUGUGAGCUAUUUGAUAGUCCUACUCGUCACUACCAAAGAGUGGAUAAGUUCCUGAGAGGACUAGAAAAGGUUUGUAUGGUGGUAUCCACAGUAGAUCCUUAUGGAAACAAAAUUCAUCAAGAAGAUCCCAGGUUCCCAAGCCGUGCUGGUUUGGAUGAUUGUGGGUUAAUAAUGGAGGGUUCUGUUACUUCACCACCCACCUCUCCAUCUCCUGACAAUCCUCAAGUACACCAUAUUUCCAAGUCCUCAGAUGAAGAGGUCACUGAAGAGGAAGAUGACGAAGGUGAGGAUAAUAGUAGUGAUGGGAGUGAUGAACGACAAUCACCAAAAGCUGAUCAUAGUAUGAAUCCAAAUCCAUUAAUGAACAACUCUUGUGCAAGUUCGUGGCUUUUCAAAACACAAAAUGCAUUGAAUCUUCCACACACUCCUCCACUGCCGUUUCGUAGUUCUGUUUCCAAAACCAGGUUGGCAGAUCAGUCUUUAACAAGUGCUCCUUUACUCAGUGGUUUGUGUGGUAGUCUUCUCUCUGCAUACUCAAAUAAUGACGAAGAUUACGACCAACUUAAUCGAUCGUCAGAAAACAAACAUACUGAUUCUAAUACCCAAGCUAAUUCCGAUCACUUAUCGUCUAUUGGAUCUGACUUCUGCUCUGAGUCGUCUGAGUGUUUACACGCUCUACCUAUAGAAUCUAACUUACAAGAAAAGCCAUCAGAUGCUUCACAUAAACUCUCUUCAGUUGUACAAGAUAAAAUGCAAGAUAAUUCUCUCCCAUGGAAUGAGGCGACUAAAAUGCCAAUCGUCAAUUCGGAAACAUUAGAAGACACAAUAGCUCAGUGUGAUAAAUCAGAUGAAGUAUCUAGCAGUGGUCUUAAACCUUCAAUUUCCAAUGUAAACCGAAAUGAUUCGCCUUCCAGAGGAUUAGAGCUCGACACAACUGGAGAUGAAAGUGGUUUGGUUGGUUGUCAAGUCCUGAGACCUAUUGGUCAACUUGAAGCAUUUGUACAAAAUUUAAAUUCUGAAGUUUCUAGCUCAGUAACGUCUGUACCAUUGCACAGUGGGUCUCCGAAAUCUACAAGCGACCCAUCUGCUCAUUUGAGUUGUGUAUCAUCUAUGGAGGACCUAAAUCAUCAGGGAUCAAUUACUUCAUCUAACUCACUCUUACCUGUUUUGGUUGGCGUUAGACGUCCCCGUUCACCAGGAAUAGAUUCUAGUGGUAGUGAUCCAAAUGUUUCAACAAGCAAAGAUGCAGAUUUGUCGGAAAGUCCUGCCAAAAGACGUAGACUUCCGUCUUCAGAUUUAACUGAAACAGUAGAAUCCAGUACAGAUUCAUUAGUUGGAAUUAGUUUCCAGAUUGUGACUUCAUCAUCUUUGGCAUUGAAUGAUUCUCCUCCCAUUAUUAUGUGUAAUCCUGCGAAUCAAACUCGUGAUAUGGAUUCUGGUGAAUGCAUUUUCGAAGCUUCAGAAAAUCCUAGUUCUGGUCUGUCUGUAGUAGAUCCAAUCUCAGCUAGUGAUAACAUAUCUAACUUACAUGAAGUAGUGAACACUAGUUUCGCACAAAAUUCUGAGUCAAGUUCAGAAUCUGUAGAAGGAAGUGAAAUAGUUUUGAUAAACAAUGAUAAUAUUGGUCUAUCAACUAUAAACUUGUCGAAUAUUAAUUCGGAAACCGGAGAAGAAGAGUCAUAACAUCUCAUCUUUAAUCAUAACUACCAAUGUUUUCUAGAAAAAUAAUGUGGUCUCAAGAAAUUUCAUAAAAAUACUUUUUAAGUGUAUAUCAUAUUACUUUUAUUAUCGUUGUAAAAUUUCUGAACGUGUUUGUUGUUUUGAGAUUUUCUGAUUGUAAUCGUUAUUUUGAUACAGUGUACUAUUCAUAACUAUAUACCAGUCUUUAAAAUUGAUAGAGGACAAUCUCAUUUAUUGGUUAUUUUUGUGUUUUAAGUGGCUUAUGUUGUUUCUCAUUGUAAAUCUCACUCUUGAACGACUUGAAUAAAUCAGCAUCGUUUAGUUUCGAGAUGAAAGAUGUUAUCAUUUGUCAAUUUGAAUCCUAUUUCACUUUUUGCCGACAGUCAAUUUAAUAACAUUGUGUCAAAACUGUAAGGGUUUACCAGUUUUAUAAUAAAAAAGUGCUAGGUUAUUAUCACCAUUA